GACACACAAACAGCAUGAAGUGGUUCAUUGCAGCAGCUGCCUGUCUGGCAGUGGUGACCUGUGCCAGCCUCUCUCUGGAGGACCUGGAGUUCCACGCUUGGAAACUCAAGUUUGGUCGCUCCUAUGCUUCCUCGGUGGAGGAGGCCCAGCGUAGACUGAAGUGGGUGGAGAACCGCAGGAUGGUGCUGGUGCACAACAUGCUGGCCGAUCAGGGGAUCAAGAGCUACCGCCUGGGCAUGAACUACUUUGCUGACAUGGACAACCAGGAGUACAGGAACCUGGUGUUCCACGGUUGCCUGAAGAGGGUCAACUCAACCAAGGGAGGCAGCACCUUCCUGUCCCUGUCCUCCUGCCUGAGGGACCCGCCAAAACAGGUGGACUGGAGGGACAAGGGCUUCGUCACCGACGUCAAGGACCAGAAGCAGUGCGGUUCCUGCUGGGCCUUCAGCGCUACCGGUUCCCUGGAGGGCCAGAACUUCAAGAAGACGGGUAAGCUGGUGUCUCUGAGUGAGCAGCAGCUGGUGGACUGCUCUGGGGACUUCGGCAACAUGGGCUGCGGCGGUGGCCUCAUGGACCAGGCCUUCCAGUACAUCCAGUCCAACGGAGGCAUCGACACCGAGGAAUCCUACCCCUAUGAGGCUAGGGAUGGCAAGUGCCGCUUCAAGCCUGACAGCGUGGCGGCCACCUGCACCGGCUUUGUGGACGUGACCAGCGGCAGUGAGGCUGCCCUGCAGGAGGCUGUGGCUACCAUUGGGCCUGUGUCUGUGGCUAUCGACGCUGGACACUCCUCUUUCCAGCUCUACGAGUCAGGUGUGUAUGAUGAGCCCGAGUGCAGCAGUGAGGAGCUGGACCACGGUGUCCUGGCAGUGGGCUAUGACUCAGAAGACGGAAAGGACUACUGGCUCGUCAAGAACAGCUGGGGUUCUGACUGGGGAGAUAAGGGCUACAUCAAGAUGACCAGGAACAAGCACAACCAGUGUGGCAUUGCAACAGCAGCCAGCUACCCCCUGGUGUAACACCGCAACCCAUUUAUGCGGGUAAAAAAAUGUGGCCAUAGAAAUCUAUAGAAUUGGGCUGGAGUUAGUGGUUCCAGGCGGGUUUUGGGCUGGAAAUCAUCAUUCUCAUCUGGCAACCCUGGGUGCACUUGCCUCUCCCAUUUUCAUUUGUUUUCGUUAAUACUUACAAUCCACUGCACUCUGACACAUGGACACUGACCUAGUUUUAGUUACCCAUGUUAAAUAUACUGUACUUUAUGGAGUCAAGUGUUGCAUAUAUUGCACAUCAAUGUAGCUUAUGAGCAAGAAACCAAAUAUAAUUUGUUAUUUUUAAGAUAAUGUGUACAAGGAUAAAUGGAGAGACGCUUAUUGGUAUGAUGUGAUUUCUGAAUGAUUCUCUAACAGCAUCUUACCUCAUGACCUGUAAAGCAUAAGAACCAAAAACGGGAUUAUUUGUUUAUUUUGUGAGUGCUAUAGAUUUGAUAUACCUAACUGUAAAAUAAACGUGAAAAUGUG